AAAUAAUAUUUUAUUUUUGUCCAGAAAAUAGGAUUUAACGCUGUAUUUCCCCCAUAAACCAAACAGAGUGGAGGGCAGCUUAAAUAAAGAACGGGAUAUUUCCCAUAAUUCAAUGUGCAAAGUAUUUCAGUUGUGUCGUUGUGCAUGUUGGGACAGGAUUCACGUCCAUCAUGAAAGAAACGAAAAGAAGAAGAAGAGGAAGGAGAAGAAGAAGAAAUGCAUAAUGUUGCUGUUAUAAGCAGCAAAUUAACGAAUAGUAAAAUGCUCACGUGAGAAAAAUAUAUGCAUAUCAUAAGAACAAAAAAAUCGUGCAUAUGCAAAGCAUUCAAAAAUGUGGCGUGAAAGAGUUAAGAGUGAAGUGUUAAGGAGUCCAGCUGACAGUCAGCUGAGAAAAAAAAAAGUUUUGGCUCCUCUUCUGAUAUGCUAAUAUGAACUGCUAGGACGCACCCUAUUGGCUGUCGCUCCUAGUCAAUUCCGCGUAUGCCCGUGACGUCAGAACGCCUAUAAAACUCAGCAAUGCUUUUAAACUCAUCUGGUGUUGUGUUGGCUUUUCAAAAAUAACUCCCACACGUUCUUCACGUCCGAGUCGCAAGUUGUCCGCAAGUGCAUUUCAUUAUUUUCUCUAAAACCUUCUCUCAGUUGCUCUUGCUGCAGUCUGCACGAUGUGAUUCAGGACGAGCGCGCACAAAAAAAAAGUCUUCCAUGUCCGAAAAGCAAAGCGAGAGAAAGAGAGAGAGAGAGAGAGAGAGAAAGAGAGAGAGAGAGAGAGAAAGAGAAAGAUUGAAGAGCUGCAGCUGGGAUCUCGGAUGCAUGUGAAGUCUGCGGGACAGUGUGCGUAAAGGUUGGAGUUGAAAGGCUGGGGGAAAAGACCAAGGCAAGAAAAGGACUUCUUUUGCCCUUUUUUUUUUUUUUUUUUUUUUUUUUUUUUUUUUUUUUUAACUGAAGACGGGAACAAAAAAGAAAGCCAUCAAGCUGGCUCACUCUCUCCCGGCCCACACCGCGCUGACAGCCGCUCUUCAGCCCCUGUGGAGGAGCGUCAACGGGAAGCGCAUGGCGUCCGAGCUGGCGCUGAGCUCCACCGAGUUGCCCACCAGCCCUCUCGCCAUGGAGUACGUCAACGAUUUCGACCUGAUGAAGUUCGAGGUGAAGAAGGAGCCGGCGGAAACCGAGCGCGUCGGUUUGACCCAGUGUGGGCGCCUGCUCGCCGGAGGCUCCCUGUCUUCUACGCCGAUGAGCACACCGUGCAGCUCGGUGCCGCCCUCUCCGAGCUUCUCUGCGCCUAGUCCCGGUUCAGGGGGCGAGCCCAAAGCGCACUUGGAGGACUUUUACUGGAUGGGUGGCUACGCGCAACAUCAACAACAACAACAGCAGCAGCAGCAGCAGCAGCAUCAACAUCAGCAGCAUCAACAACAGCAACAGCAGCAGCAGCAGCAGCAGCAGGCGCCGUUAAACGCGGAGGCGCUCGGCUUCGGCACGGACGACGCCAUGGAGGCGCUGAUCAGCAGCGCGCACCAGCUGCACGCCUUCGACGGCUACGCGCGGGCGCAGCAGUUCCCCGCUGCAGAAGAAGUUGGGCCGGCCGCGGCUGUGGUUUCAGCCGUGAUCGCCGCCGCGACUGCUCCUCACCACCAGCACCAUCAUCAUCACCAUCACGGCAGCAGCGCGCAUCCAUCCGGCGCCGCGAGCAACCACAGCCAUAACCAUCAUCAUCACCACCACCAACAGCAGCAGCAACAGCAGCAGCAGCAACACGGACACGCGCACGGACACGGGCACGUGGACGACCGCUUCUCGGACGAGCAGCUCGUCACCAUGUCGGUGCGCGAGCUGAACCGGCAGCUGCGCGGCGUCAGCAAGGAGGAGGUGAUCCGCCUGAAGCAGAAGCGGCGGACGCUGAAGAACCGCGGCUACGCGCAGUCGUGCCGCUUCAAGCGCGUGCAGCAGCGGCACGUGCUCGAGGGCGAGAAGACGCAGCUGCUGCAGCAGGUCGAGCACCUCAAGCAGGAGAUCGCGCGCCUGAUGCGCGAGCGCGACGCGUACAAGCAGAAGUACGAGAAGCUCGUGGGAAGCGGCUUCCGCGAGAACGGCUCGAGCAGCGACAACAACCCGUCGUCGCCGGAGUUUUUCAUGUCCUCCAGAAAGUUCCUUCACCUGUGACUGUGACUCCGCCCCUAAAGCCCCGCCCUGAAGAAUGAG